AUGGCGGGCCACAGUGCCGGAGGGUCCCGCGACUCCCGGGGGCGUGCGGACGGGGCGGACACGGAGUCCUCGGAGACGGGGCUGUGGGAAAUGGCGAGAGAGAAUGAGGAGCAGUUAGGGAGCCAGGACCUGCCCGAGUACCAGGUGGAGGCGGGGGCCCCCGAGAAAGAGAAGGACGCGGGCCUGGUGGCGGAGGCCGAGGCGGUAGCUGCUGGCUGGAUGCUGGAUUUCCUCUGCCUCUCUCUCUGCCGGGCCUUCCGCGACGGCCGCUCCGAGGACUUCCACCGGACCCGGGACAGCGCCGAGGCUAUUAUUCAUGGGUUAUCUAGCCUCACAUCUCAUCAAUUGAGAACUAUACACAUAUGCCAGUUUUUGACACGAAUUGCAUCAGGAAAAGCCCUCGAUGCACAGUUUGAAACUGAUGAACGAAUUACACCCUUGGAAUCAGCCCUGAUGAUUUGGGAUUCAAUUGAAAAGGAACAUGACAAACUUCAUGAAGAAAUACAGAAUUUAAUUAAAAUUCAGGCUAUAGCUGUUUGUAUGGAAAGUGGCAAUUUUAAGGAAGCAGAAGAAGUCUUUGAAAGAAUAUUUGGUGACUCAGAUUCUGAUACGUCUUUACAAAGAAAAUUGCUUAUGGUAAUCUCUCAGAAAGGUACAUUUCAUUCUUUUUUCCAACACUUCAGCUACAGCCAUAUGAUGGAGAAAAUUAAGAGUUUUGUGAAUUAUGUGCUUGAUGAAAAAUCAUCAACAUUUCUAAUGAAGGCAGCAGCAAAAGUAGUAGAAAGUAAAAGAGCGAGAACAACAGUUUCUCAAGAUAAGCCUAAUGGUAAUGAAGUUGAUGUGGAAACUCAAGCUAAUUUGGAAGUACACAAAAGUGUUAGUAACAAACCAUCUGCAGUAACUGAAUCCUCACGGGAUACAAUAUCUUUAAUGAGGUCUCACAAGAAUCUCUUCUUAUCUAAGUCACAAUACGGACGCCAAUCACAAGAUUUUAAUGAGAAAGAAAAAGCAGAAACUCUUAUAAGUAGAAGAAAGACAGAGGGAAACAGACACACCACUGAAAGAAAGAGAAUGGAUGUUUUAAACAAUCAACCAGAAACUUCUAAAAAUUACCGAUCUAGAAAAAAACAGGUAUGGCUUUGGGAAGAAGACAAGAAUCUGAAAUCUGGCGUGAGGAAAUAUGGAGAGGGAAACUGGUCUAAAAUACUAUUACAUUAUAAAUUCAACAAUCGAACAAGUGUUAUGUUAAAAGACAGAUGGAGGACUAUGAAGAAGCUAAAACUGAUUAGCUCAGACAAUGAUGACUGAACGUGUAAAAACUUGAUGAUGAAAGGACAAUUACAUAUUUUGAUCAUCACGUUUUGUUUGAAACUUGGUGGUCAUUGAUCUAUGUUAACGUUUUUGUUUAAAGCAUUUAGUAUUUUUCUUUAAGAUCCUUUUUACUUGGAUAAAAUGUAAAUUUGUCAAACCUUGAUGCUUUCACUACCUCACCCCCAAAUCCAGUACCAGUAAAAAAGAUGAAAACCUAGUGAGAGAAAAAAUAUAUUUCUGUUAACCUGUUCUGUGUUUGUAUGCUGACUUCAGCUCCAGAACAUAUACAUGAAGGUGACGUUUCUAAAUCAGUGAAUAAUAAUGGUCCUUUCACGUAAGAGGUAUUGACUUGAUUUAUGGCCUUGAUAUAGUAACUACUAAGACAUUUGUUUAUAGAAUGAUACAAAGUAGUCUGGGUUUUAACAUACUUAAAUUUUCCUUUCAGUAGUUUUAUAUAAAAGAAAAAUCUUAAAUAGUAAUACCAUAGGACAAAAUUUGUACUAUUACCAAGAUUUGCUUCAUGUCUCAUUUAGGUAUAUUUGACUUUUGUUCCAAUGUUAAAACUUUAACAAAGAUGGUUUUAAGUAAAGCUUAUUUAUAACCUGGUGUCAUAAAUACAUUCUCUGAUAUUUUUGUUUAAUAUAUCAACAGUGUGCCUAAAUAAUGUUCUGUAAAUGCUUGCAUUGGUUAACCAUAAUUAUUUUCACAUGUAUGAUAAAUACUAAACAAGGUCAUACAUACUUUACUAGACAGUUUUGAGUUUUCACCAACAUUUAAUUCUUUAGAGAAUUUAGUGAAAACCUAAUAUAGCUAUUUAGCAUUUUGAGUUACAUGUGCUUUAUUUAUUUGACAAGUGAGUGAAAAUACUGAAGUAUUUGCAUAAAAAGUUAAAUGAUAGUAUUUUGUAAUCUGUAUUUCAUUUCUUACUGCAUUAUACAUGACUUUCCCAUUGUUCCUGAAUUUGUUACCUUACGCAGAUAGUGAACAGAAAUGUGGGUGAUUACUCUGUGCUUCCUGGCUUGGUCUGUUUUGCUGGACAGGAUACUGUCACUGUGUUUCUUGCACACAUACAGACAUUUUGAUGGUAAGUGCCAAAGCAGGCAGCAUGAGCCAACGUGGACCUGUAAGUCAACUUCCCCAUUUCAAACAUGCAGUAAAUAAAUCUAAGUUGCUAAGUAAUCUUUUAAAAAAGAUUACUCUCAAUUAUACUCUAGUGCGGUGCUUGCUUAUUUAGAAUUUUAUUUUACUUAUUAAAAGAGCUAGGUUAGA